GGUCUGCUUUUCUCUUCCGAAAAACCGCAGCCCUGUAGAUCGCUGGCUCUUUGUGUCGCCCUCCCAAAGUUUCUUUUUUUCUUUGAGACCGUUGUUGUUUCUCAUCCUGCCGUCUCUCCUCUUCUUUUCCUUCUUCUGUCUCCUUCCUUGCGGGACUUCUCUCCGCUUUCUUCUCUCUCUUUUCUAGUCCUGCUUUUCUCUCUCUUCUCUCGUCUCUCUUCUCGGCCUUAAUUCUCGAGGAGGUCGCGAACCGCGGCUAUCUCUCACGCGAGUUUCGGCCACUCUGGAAGAUGUUUUUUCUUCGAGUUGACCGACGUUUGCUUUUCUUACAAUCCUUUUCGCUCUCUCCCGUCCCUGACAGGCGUCUUGCCCUCUCGCUGUUCUUUGGUUCUCAUUCUGAGGAACGAGCGACGGAGAAACCAGCGCGAAGCGUCGGCUCUUUGUCUCUUGGAAAACGGCUCCGCGCUGCCCGAGUCUCGUUUCGCUCAAAGUGUGUCUCACGAGGCGGAUUCUCUCUCCUUUCUUUUCCCCCUCUCUUUAUUGCCUCUGUCCUUUAAAGACUAUCAAAGGAGGAGGAGGACUUCUGCGAAGACGUCCAACGUCUCCUUUCCAAGUUCUUCUCCCUUUCUCCUCUCCCAAGACAAAAUGACGAAGCCUCAAGAGACACCUGGUGAUGCUGCUUCCUCUUCUUCUUCCUCUUCCUCUUCGUCUUCCUCUUCGUCUUCCUCUGUCUCUCCUCUGCAUGGUAAAAAGGGUGUGGAGGCGUCUGCCGCAGAGAGAAGUCGCGCGUCCGCCAUGUCGAAGUUAGGCUCUUUCGGAAGCCUGAGUGGGAGCAACGUCACGCAUCGUUUGGCAGAUAUGGGGAGAAACUUGGUGGCGAGUUUCACCUCUGCCCCGACAGCGUCUUCUUUUAUCUCCAAGGGCAUGCUGACUCCGAGUGAGUUCGUCGACGCCGGCGACCUUCUGACGCACAAGUUCCCUACCUGGCAGUGGAAAGGCGUAGGACCUACUGGGAAGAGAGCCUCCGGCUGGCUGCCGGAAGACAAGCAAUAUCUCAUCACGAAAAAUGUUCCUUGUUACCGUCGUGUUCGCGAUAUGGACGACGCCCUCAACACUCGAGUCGGCCACGACGUGGAGGGAGGGUGGAUGUUGCCGCUGCUAAACGACGAGGAAAGAGAAGGAGGGAGCUCUGGCGAGGCGCCGGACCUCACUCAGAGCAUGCAGAAUCUCAGGCUCAAUGCGGAGUGCGGACAUGAACUUCGAAAACCUGCGCCUCCUACGCCGACCCAAACUAGCGCGUCCACCGCCUCAAAUCAAGAAAACAGUCUGCGAGAUGAUGUCCCAGACUUGAUAAACUUUGCCGACAUCGAUUGCCUCGUGCAGGAGGACGACGAUCCUGCGGCUGCCGAGGCUCCGAGCGUCGUGCGAACUUCCCCUGACGCGGAGAUCGUCGCAGCCCGCAGCUACGACCUGAGCAUUACUUACGACAAAUAUUUUCAGACGCCCCGCAUUUGGCUCUUCGGCUACAGCGAAAACGGUGUGCCGCUGCUUCCCGAGGAGAUUUUUGAAGACAUUUUGACAGAUUAUGCCGCAAAAACGGUCACAGUCGACCCCCAUCCUUGCACGGGGAUUCCUACAGCUUCUAUCCAUCCUUGCAGACACGCGAGCGUGAUGAAGAAGGUGGUGGACAGUUGGGUGGAGAGUGGGGUGCGGCCAAGGCAUGAUCUCGCUCUCCUAAUUCUGCUUAAAUUUGUGUCGAGUGUGAUUCCUACGAUCGAGUACGACUUCACCAUGGACGUCGACAUGCUCAUUCACCGCAGUACAAAAAACGAGAAGUAGACGCGUUCACUGCGCCUUCUUCGCGGACAGAAGCUACACUGAACGUUUUCCUCGCAAGACAUCGUCUGAGACGGCUCUGCAGUUUCAAGCAGACAAGUCAGUAUUCUUUGUGCCUCGUUGUCUCCCGUCCUGCCCAGACAGCUGCGCGCGGUCUGCUCAGGGAAGAGGGAAGUGCAAGACGAGAAGGGAGCAGGUGAAAGGAAGAGAGCUGUGAGGGGGAGAAGAGAGAACGCCGACACAAUCAUGGAAGGGAACUGCAAAGACGUUCGUACCAGGUCUUUCGUUUUUAGGGCAAAGUCAUUCAUUGGCGCUGUCCUCGCUGUGCUGAACUCGAUACUCGGGGUGAGCUGUCCUCCUCAAACACGACUCGGGCGUCCCCGCAACAAGGAAGAACCUCUUCAUUUGCGAGAAAGACCUCGAUAAUUCCACACCUCAGGUUUUCUCGCCGCAACGUUAAGUCUUAGAGCACGCGUAGGCAAGACGAGAUCAAAGUGCAGGGCUAGCCGAGAAUGCAGCAAACCCAGGACUUCAGUCAGGCGCAAAUCCCGUUGUGACAACGAGUGAAUUCAGCAUGUCUCCAGGCCUGUUCUCUUCCUGGAGAACGAGAAUCCAUCCAGCGUCGCCAGCACUGCUUCACGAGACAGAACCAAAGGGUCACGAGUAAUCACAAGAGAGUGU